CCGCGGCGGCGUCGCGCCCCAGCCGAGACCGGGCGGCUCCUCCCGCCCCCGCCCCCCCAACCCCGCGCGCCCGUCGGGGCCGCGGAGAGGAGCGCGCGGCCGCGCUGAGCCGAGCGGAGCCGAACCGGGGGUGCAGAGCGCGGGAGGCGGCGGCGGUGGCGCGGAGCCCAGGUGGCCCUGCUGCCGGAUGGGAGUGCCCGGGCACGCGCACCAUGUCAUCAUGCAUCUCUAGCCAGCCCAGCAGCGACCCGGCCGCCCUCCAGGAUGAGCUGGGGGGCGGCGGCGGCAGCGAAGGCCAGAAGCCCUGUGAGGCCCUGCAGGGCCUCUCGUCCCUGAGCAUCCGGCUGGGCAUGGAGUCCUUCAUCGUGGUCACCGAAUGUGAGCCGGGCUGCUCAGUGGACCGCGGCCCGGCCCAGGACCGGCCCCAGGAGGCCGAUGGCCGAGAGGGACCCCUCGACGCCUCCGCCUCCGGGCCCCAGGCCCGGCCCCAGCUGUGCAGUCGCAAGCUCUCCCUGCAGGAGCGGUCCCAGCUGGAUGCGAACGGUCGCUGCGUCUACGCGGCCCUGUCCCACUCGCCGGUGGGCUCCCCGCAGUCCUCGCCGCGGCUGCCCCGGCGGCCCACUGUGGAGUCCCACCAUGUCUCCAUCACUGGCAUGCAGGAUUGUGUACAGCUGAAUCAGUACACGCUAAAGGAUGAAAUUGGAAAGGGCUCCUAUGGUGUGGUCAAGUUGGCCUACAAUGAAAAUGACAAUACCUAUUACGCGAUGAAGGUGCUGUCCAAAAAGAAGCUGAUCCGACAGGCGGGCUUUCCACGUCGCCCCCCGCCCCGAGGCACUCGGCCAGCCCCUGGAGGCUGCAUCCAGCCUAGGGGCCCCAUUGAGCAGGUGUACCAGGAAAUCGCCAUCCUCAAGAAGCUAGACCACCCCAAUGUGGUGAAGCUGGUGGAGGUCCUGGAUGACCCCAAUGAGGACCAUCUGUACAUGGUGUUUGAACUGGUCAACCAAGGGCCUGUGAUGGAAGUGCCCACCCUCAAACCACUCUCGGAAGACCAGGCCCGUUUCUACUUCCAGGACCUGAUCAAAGGCAUAGAGUACCUACACUACCAGAAGAUCAUCCACCGGGACAUCAAACCUUCUAACCUCCUGGUGGGAGAAGAUGGGCACAUCAAGAUUGCCGACUUCGGUGUGAGCAACGAGUUCAAGGGCAGCGACGCGCUCCUCUCUAACACCGUGGGCACACCCGCCUUCAUGGCGCCUGAGUCGCUCUCAGAGACCCGGAAGAUCUUCUCUGGGAAGGCUUUGGAUGUUUGGGCCAUGGGUGUGACGCUGUACUGCUUUGUGUUUGGCCAGUGCCCGUUCAUGGACGAGCGGAUCAUGUGUUUGCACAGCAAGAUCAAGAGUCAGGCCCUGGAAUUUCCAGAUCAGCCUGACAUAGCUGAGGACUUGAAGGACCUGAUCACCCGCAUGUUGGACAAGAACCCGGAAUCAAGGAUCGUGGUGCCGGAAAUCAAGCUGCACCCCUGGGUCACGAGGCAUGGGGCGGAGCCGUUGCCAUCGGAGGACGAGAACUGCACGCUGGUCGAGGUGACCGAAGAGGAGGUCGAGAAUUCGGUCAAACACAUUCCCAGCCUGGCAACCGUGAUCCUGGUGAAGACCAUGAUACGGAAACGCUCCUUUGGGAACCCGUUUGAGGGCAGCCGGCGGGAGAUGCGCUCCCUGUCAGCGCCGGGAAACCUGCUCACCAAAAAACCAACCAGGGAGUGUGAGCCCCUGUCUGAGCCCAAGGAAGCAAGGCAGCGAAGACAGCCUCCGGGGCCCCGACCCGCCCCCCGUGGGGGAGGAGGAAGUGCUCUUGUGAAAGGCGGUCCCCGCGCCGAGAGUUGGGGGGCCCCGGCCCCCGGCCCCCGCGCUCGCAUGCAUCCUCUGCGGCCCGACGAGGUGAUGGAGUAGCUGCCCGGACGCGUGACCUCGCAUGCAGGCUGCACCCUGCGUUUCCAUAGCAGCAUGUCCUACGGAAACCCAGCACGUGUGUAGAGCCUUGACCGUCAU